CAUCACAUCACAUCACAUCACAUCCCAUCACUUGUAGUUGAUUGUCUUCUUCUCGUCGUCUUCCCGUCCUCUCUUCUUUCUGUCUUCGCCCAGUAUAUUGUAUUGAGCUGAGCCCAUGAGGGGAGUCCUGUGUGGCAACCACCAAUAACCAGCAAUCCCCACCAGUCGACACGACACGACACGACACGACACGGCCAUGUCCUUCAACCCGUUUAGACGACAUGCCGCCCUCGAGUCCGCGAAUGAAUCCCCCGCAGAAGGCAGUCCUGUACAGCACAGUUCACAACUAAACGAGCACCUGCACACUUCGGACUCCAAUUCACCUUUUGUUCUCUUCGACUCGGACCAGGCAGAAGAUGAGCCGUCUCCAUGGAGCGCAUCGUCAUCAGGCAGCGGCUACGACUCCUUGACUCUCCCACCAAUAAAUCCCGACAACAACUUCCACGAACUUCCUUCGUUCAACAACUCCCAAUAUUUCGAUGCCCUACCUCGCAUACAGUCUCCCAGCUCGUUUCUUGCCAGUCGAUCAAGAAACGCAGCAGGAGACGCAAACACAAACCUACGACCUCAGUCUCGAAAUUCCCAAGAGAACCACCAAGAACCGCCACCCUCGAACCAACAGCAGCGACGUCCGCAGUGCCCCUUAUCAUCACAAUACAGACUUGCAGGCUCCGAAUCACCAGAUCCCUUUGGGGAGCUAGAUUUUAUUGAUUUGUCACCACCGCCUGGGGACAUACCUUCACACUCUACAAGACAAUCCUCCUUUGUCGACCUCACAGAAUCUUCACCCGCAGCCAUGUCCCCUGCCUCGAGGAAACGUAAGGCUCCAUCGCCUGGAGUAGGAAGAUCAAGCAAAGUUGCCAAAGGUGGCUCGUCAAGAACUGCUCACCCUACCUCAGCAGUAGGUACGAAGAAGGACGAGAUGUCCGAAGUACCAACGAUAGAUUUGGUGGAUGUUGAGGAUAAGAAGGAUUAUGAUGAACGGAUGGCGAAGGAACAGGCAGAGAUGAUAAAGAGGCAGAACCAGGAAGCCGCGACUAAGUCGGUCAAAUUGGCCGAGUUCCAGUGCAUCAUUUGCAUGGAUCAACCCACUGACCUUACUGUCACAUAUUGUGGUAUGUACUUAUCUCAAUGGUGGGUGCGAACGGAGGCACUAACUUUCUAGGCCAUCUAUUCUGCUCCGAAUGUCUUCACCAGGCUUUGCACGCUGGUGACAAGAAAUGCUGCCCAGUGUGUAGAUCCAAUAUAGCUGCCAGGAAAAUUGGAGCAAAGCAGCCUAGGAACGGCACCUUUCCUCUCGAGAUGAAGUUCAUGACGGCGAAGAGAAAGGGAAAGCAGGCAGUCCGGAAUUAGUCUGCGGACACGAGACAACAUUUACACUGCAGGGAUCAUGGGGCACAUUGGGAAAGGAUUUUGAAUGGAUGUACAGGUAUACCAUCAGCUGGCGUCAGGGGCAAGGGCAUAAUCCCAAUGUUAAGAUUACAUUGGUGGCGUUCAUGGUGGACUUGAAGGAUUUCAUGGUCGAGGUAACGGUGGCACUCACAACUUGCAUUUGCGUGAUAGUCAACUUCAUUUGAGCUAAGGGCAGCGGAUGGGGCGAUGGCGGCUUAUAUCACGGCUGUGGCCGUUGUCCCAACCCAUUUCUUAAAAAGAACAGUGUAUAACAGUGUAUAUUCAUACAUUCUACACAGUCAUCGAUGCAUUCUCUUCAAAACACAAAAUCCCAAUAUUUGAAAAACACAAUAUCAUUUGC